AUGGAACGGAACGUCUGCAGUACUCCUCCUUAUGCCUCAUCCCCCUUCGACGACCCCGAAGCCGAUCUGAUCCUUCGCUCCUCUGACAAUGUCGACUUUCGAGUGUCCAGAUUCAUCCUGAAGAUUUCCUCGCAAUUCUUCGCCGACAUGUUCGCGGCUGGUCAAGUCAGCGACGAUGAGCUUCGAGACGGGUGUCCGAUCGUACAGAUGCAGGAGGACAGCAAGACUCUGGACGUCCUCUUGCGCGUCAUAUAUCCUACGAAGGCUCCUGUUCUCGACCAACUCCCAAAGCUUCAUGCGGUCCUGGGAGCCGCUCUGAAGUUCGACAUGGACUAUGCAACGGAGCUGGCUAGAACGGCCCUGCGCUCUUUCAUCGCGAAGGAACCCGUUCGCGUGUGGGCGAUUGCGGUCCGUAACAGGCUCGAGCCUGAAUCACGCGCCGCAGCGGACGAGAUGAAUCGUCAACAUAUCUCAGUGCUGGAUAGCUUCCCGUCCGAAAUGCAGGCUAUCGACGCUGGUGCGUACUAUCGCCUCCUGCGUUACCGGCGUUUGCAGGGCGCGGUUGAGACGGACUUCAAGUUUUGUGAUCCCCCUACGACAUCACCCGUCUCUCCUCCCGCGUCUUCCAGCCCCGCUGGUACUCAGAUCAUAUCGCCGAAACACAGUCGCAUCCAACCAUUGGCAGAUAUCUUAUGUCGUUCUGCAGAUGGACAAAAAUUUCCGGCACACAAGGUGUUGCUUGCGCUCGCAUCGCCUGUCAUGGCCGCGAUGAUGCUGAGCCUGCCUACCGCAGCAGCAAAUUCGCCCGAUAUGGAAGGUGGCUUGCCUAUGCUGUCAUUUGAGGAGGAUGCGGCGACGCUGGGAGUCGUUCUCGGGCUAUGUGCAUUGGAGGGGGAGGUUGCCGUGCAGGAGCUGCAGGUCCUACAGAACGUCAUCGAGGCGGCGAAAAAAUACGAGAUGGACGAUGCGAGAAAACUUCUGCAAGACCAAUGGACAAAGUUAUCGGCCUCAGACCCUUUGCGUGUAUUCCUGUUCGCAGCAAGCCGCAAGGCACAUGCUGAGGCACGUCAAGCAGCGCAGCAACUCCUUGAUCGCACCUUGGAUGACUACUAUACCUCUGCGCUGGAAAUCUCGGCGGCAUCGAUGUAUCGUGCGCUAUGCAUGUAUCAUAAUUCCUGUCGGUCUUCGAUCCACAACACCGGACGAUCACUGGCGCACCUCCCGACAACAGCGAAAGUCAUCUAUGAUGUCAAGAUUCCAAUCAAAGCCUCGAGGUGUAGAUCGACCUACAUGAACGAGUACUAUGGGAGCUCUUACACUUGUCGUGGGGUCGAGGUCCUGCGAAAUCUGGAUCGCAAUCCACAGGCGUGUGAGCCAUGCGUCCAACUAGGCCAGAUUAUCGUUAAUGCACUGCAGCAAUCAAAGACGGAGCCAAGUGUACUGAUUGCGACAUCCGAGCUGCUCCAGGAUUGCCCGGGUUCGAUAUUUUCGAACCCGUACUGCUCUGCAUGCUCGCAACCAGCCGAUCGCACGCUCCUCACAACAUUCCUAAAGGGACUGUGUAGCGAAGUACGCGAGCACAUCGACAAGGUACGGUUCGCGACACGCCGCCGAUUACCGAGUACGAGUCGACCACCCCGUUCUGGUCGGAACGAAGUGACUCGUAGCACUCUUUUGAUCUUGGCUAUCACUUCGCUGCGAAUGAUGUUAACUUGUAUAUUCCGCUAUCUUUACUCCGACUGGAUUUGUUGGACACUAGAGGCGGUCAUAUUAAACUGCACCAUGGCAUCCGAACUACCAGACCUGCCUAAGAUCCCUCCCUAUGCCUUACCGCCCUUCGACCAUCCAAAGGCCGACUUUAUCAUCCGUUCUUCCGAUCUCGUCGACUUUCGCGUGUCCAGCUUCAUCCUCGAAGUCGCUUCCGAUGUGUUCGCUACCAUGCUCAAGGUUGGUAAUGCGGAGGACGAGGAACUUCGAGAUGGCUGUCCGGUCGUUCCGGUGCAAGAGGACAGCCAGAUCCUCAACAGUCUCCUGCGUAUUAUCUAUCCGCAGAAGGCCCCCGCCCUUGAUGAUCUCCCUCAGGUUCAUGCAGUCCUAGCUGCGGCACUGAAGUACGACAUGACGAGGGCUGUCGAGUUCGCGAGCGCGGCUCUGCGUUCUUUCAUACCGACAGAUCCUUUUCGCGUCUGGGCGAUUGCUGUUCGAAACGAACUCGAACCAGAGGCACGUGCCGCCGCAGACGAGAUCAUACGUCAGCACAGUCCAGUCCUCGCAGUCCUCACCGUAUUCCCAUCCGAAAUGCAGCAUGUCACUGCCGGGGCGUAUUACCGCCUCCUGCAAUACCACCGUCUAGAGGGCAAGGUGGAGGAGGGCUUCGGGUUCUGCAGACCUUCCUUGUCGCAGCGCCCCAACACCGACCCUUCCUCCCUUUCGACGUCUGCUGAAUCCUCGUACCUCAUCUCGCCCAGUCACAGUCAAAUUCAGGACCUCGCGGACGUCGUCUGCCGUUCAUCGGAUGGUCAAGAGUUUCCGGCACACAAAGCGCUCCUCGCGCUGGCGUCUCCCGUUAUGCACGCGAUGAUCACUAGCAUACCUACGCGCGACACUACGACCACUAGCGAAGGCAGCAACGCAGCAGACGGGGCGGCUUACAUCCCGGCUCUCGUGUUCGAAGAAGAUGGCGACACCUUGAGGGCCCUGCUUGGGCUAUGUUACCCGCUCUCGAAGGGGGACGCGGAGCGUGACGUACAGGGGCUCCUGGCGCUGCUCGACGUGACAACGGCCGCUGCGAAGUACGACGUGGCCAACGCGGUGGACGGUCUUCGUCGCCAGUGGUCUCGUCUAUCCGCUUCGGACCCAUUGCGAGCGUACCUGCUCGCAGUGAGCCAUGACUUGCACGUCGAGGCUCGUCAGGCAGCUACACAGCUCCUCGAUCGAUCUAUGAUGGACUACUACGUAGCAGAGCUGGAGGCCUGUUUCGCGCCAACAUAUCGUAGCCUGCUGCUGUAUCAUUGGCUCUGUGACCGUAUGGUAAAACAGUGCGGAGACGCGGUCAUUCAGCAGCACUGUCCAGCUCCGGUAAGCGCCGGCGGCACGGCCUCAAAAGCCUCGGUAUACCAUGGGAAGCGCUCCGGGCCUUGCAGGAAGGGAUACAAUAAGGCAUACAACUAUGAUUCGGACUCGGAUCCCGAGAAAAUAAGUGAAACGCUUACGGACAAGUUCACCAAGGCUUUGCGGCCAUUCGAAACGAAACCAUACACGCUUCUCCACCAUCUCGAGACCGACGGUGGCGUAACGGAAGUCCAGAAGAUUUGUUCUUCAUGUGUUGCACCUGGAGAUAGGACCCGAUUGCUGGACAUGUACGCGGCACUUCGCAAAAAUCUGUCCGAACAUAUCGCAAAGGUGAGAUGA